AUGCAGAUCCGUGUGGUGCAGAUCUGGGGUUUCCUGAUGACAGUUUUGGGCUGGAUCUUCGUGGCCUGCACCAUGGCCAUGGAGGGCUGGAAAAUCACCUCCAUCGGGGGCAUGGGGGGCUCCUCCAUCAUCAAGGUGGCCUGGUACUGGUCCAGCCUGUGGAGAUCCUGUUUUACAGACUCAACUGCUGUCAGCAACUGUUACGACUACCCUGUGCUCUGGUCUGUGGAGGGCCAUGUCCAGAUAGUGCGAGGCCUGCUGAUGUCAGCUCUUUCCCUGGGCAUGCUGGGGUUCGUGCUCAGUCUGAUGGGUAUGGAGUGCACCUUCAUCGGGGGAAAAGAUCGGUCAAAGUACAAGAAGAUCUAUGCCGGCGGAUUAUGCCACAUAAUCAGCGGUUUGCUGUCCACGUGUGGGUAUGCAGUUUAUGCCCAGUAUGUCUCAGUAGAAUACUUCAACCCUAACUUUGAUGGACUGAAGUAUGACCUGGGCACUCCAAUGUUCCUCGGCUGGGUGGGCUCGGCCUUUCACUUGACUGGCGGUUUCUUCUACCUGUGGUCAGUGUGCACGCCGCUCUGCGGAAGAGAGGCAACGGUAAUUACCGUCCAGGCUCUACCAGACUCCGAGCAAAACAAGUCCACCACAGCUCUGUCCACAGUGUCCGAGAUCACCUCCAAGACCAAAGUGUCCUCCGUGUCCGAGCUGUCGUCCAAGUCGGAGCGCUCAGACCUGUCCGGCAUUUCCUCGAGAUCAGGACGCACAGACAAGUCAGGCCGGUCAUCGAAGACUGGGCGAACCAGCAGGUCCACAGGAUCUUCUGGGUCUUCUGGGUCUUCUGGGUCAUCCGGCGUCUCAUCGAGGUCCAGCGUAUCGACUUUGUCCGAGUCGAGGAGCAGCGGCAGCAGCCGGACAGUGUCAUCGCUGUCAGGCAGCUCAAGGAGUGAGACCACAGUUCAUCAAAAGCUCUAA